UGAUCUAUUCUCUUCUAUGUGUUAUGUGGUAGUGAAAUUAGAGGAGUUGUGAUUGGUAAAGAAAACCUCCGAACACAAAAAAGAAACUCCGUCAACUACAACUACAGUAAUGGGGACAAGUUACCAUCAUUUCAGCCAUCCACACCCAUUAGAGAUCAUCAUCUGCAAUCAGCAAACCAAAGAGCUAUCGCCAUCUUCUUCUUGUCCAGGAUGCAAUCUCAAGCCCUCGGGCGUAAUCUACUCGUGCACAAUCUGCGAAUUCCUCCUCCACAAGAAAUGCUUCGAAAUGCCGAAGAUGAUUACCCACGUUGGCCAUAAGGGCCAUCCUUUCACCCUCCUGCCGGAACCCACCUACGCCACCGGCUUCUUCAGAUGCGACGCGUGCUGGGGGGUGGGGAACGGCUUUUCUUACCAUUGCAGGCCGUGCGGAAUGGAUCUGCACUUGCUCUGCGCCGCCUUGCCGUUGACCAUCACCCACGCCGCUCACGCGCAUAAGCUACAUCUUGUUUACGGGUCGCCUUACGCUAACAAGAAUUUCAUCUGCGAUAUAUGUAAGGCCUUUGGUCAAGAUCACUGGCUUUACAGGUGCGGUUCUUGUGGGUUUGAUGCUCAUUUGGGAUGCGCCGCCGCAGGUGGUGUCUGACGGUGGCCGCGGUGGUGGUGGAGGAUGCAGUAGCUGCGGCGAUGCCGAUGGCGGUUGUCUAGAUUAAUUUUCUACAAUUUGUAUUUGUGUGAUUUUCUAUGUUUAUUAUUUUUCUUCUUCCUUUUUCCUUCUUGCGAAGAUGCAAUUUUGCUUUUCUACCAUUGCUCAAGUCAAUAAAAAGAUUAUGCAGAUUCAGGUA